AUGGCCUCCUUCAAGUUUGCUUUAGUUUUGGCAUCUCUUCUCUCUUUGGUAAAUGCCCAAAUCCCAGGUUGCUCCAUCCAUGGCCUAGAGUUAGGCCUAAUUGAGCAGUGCCUGAAUGAAGCCAAGAGCUCCAUCUCCAUGGACUCUUGCUGCACUACCCUUAACCAAGCAGUCUUAGCUGGCCUUCGCUGCCUCUGCUCACUGCUGCCUUCUUCCAGCGCUCUCUUCAGCACCCCACUGCCACUGCCCAACUGCUUCGCAUUGGCGCCCCCAUUAACUCAGUGCCAAGCGCCAGUGCUGCAGCCACCGCCUAGCCCAGCACUGCCCGUGCUGCUUCCACCGGACACUCCAGAGGAGCCGCCACAGGAGCCUGAUCUUCUGGCGCCUCCACCGCCACUAGAGGCGGCAGUGACUGCCAGGGAGAUGCCUCCCGGCGGUGCUGCUGCUUCUGAUUUGAAUUUGUCUUGGAGCAGAAGUGCGAUCCUCGCCGUCCUGAUUGCCUCGACGAUCUCCUUUUCUGUUGCUUCGCAGCCGCCGGUGGCCCACGGAGAUUGCACGGACGAGUUGGUGACGUUCUCGCAGUGCCUCCCCUACGUAUCAUCCUCGCCGAACAACGCCUCGUCCUCGCCUUCAGCUCAGUGCUGUGAAGUCCUCUCGUCCGCUUCCGCUGCCGGCAAUGCGAAUUGCCUCUGCCACAUUGUUCAGCGGCCGCUUCUCCUAGGCUUCCCUCUGAAUUUGACGAGGCUUCUUUCUCUUUCUUCUGUUUGUCCUUUGUGGAACCAUGGAUCUACGGAAAACGGCUCACUCGAAACUCUCUGUUCAGGUCCAGGACUUCUCUGUUCUAAUAGCCCUGCUCCUCCUUUGAUGAGCUUACAUCCAGAUCCUAUUGAUACUUCUGCUGCCACGCCAAGCUCACUGACCGAAGUCCCAAUCUCAAUGGAUAUUCCUGCCACAUCUUCAUCUGCAGGAAGACAGACUAACAACUACCGCGACAGUUUUCCUCUUGAGAUGAUAUUUUUCCUUGUUCUCGUGUUCUUGAAACUUUACGGUCAAAUCCAUCACUGA